UCAACAAAAGUAACUGUUUCAGUGGAAGUAGUGCGAGAGACACUGACGUGGCUGGUGAUUCAUGCAACUAGAUUAUAUCCUACAGCAACGCAUACAAGCGCGGCGCUCUGCACUUCUUGGCAUUUAUCACGGGCUGACCUGUCAUACAUGAAUGAACAAUACAACAGUGCCCUCGCUGGCUACUUGACUGCUGUGUUCGUUGCAACAGAUUUCCUCAGGAAUGACAAUGGAGGAGAUCAGUGUGUGCUUACUGAUGGGAUCAUCAGACGAAUGAUUCGAUGUUGUAUGAAUCUUAACUGUUAUACUCAAGCUGCUAUCUUGUGCCAGUUCUUAGAGAACAUUGACUAUAGUACAGCGCUGCGGUGCCUACAGGAAAGGAACUCAGUGGAUGCCAUGGAUGCUUACUACUGCUGCCUGUGGGAUGUCUCUCUCAUUGAGUUCAUCAUCAACAUGCACCAGAAGCGUGGAGAGAUACAACGCAGGGAUAAAGCUGUGAGAUACACCUCAGUUUACACUUCUUUAAGCUUUAGUGUUUUACUCUUUUUAAGUUCCUGCAUUCUCAUUCAUUUGAUGUUCCUUACCUUUCUUUGUCUUCAUCUACUUCAUGUUCCUUACUUCCCAGUAUCUUUGUGAUAUUCCCUACUUUCC